AUGAAGACCGCGGCGGUUUGUCGGCGGGGCGGAGCGGCGUCCUCGCCCAGAGCGGGAUCGGCUCCUGUGGGAGUGCGUACUCCGUCGCCCCGUGGGAAGGGCGCAAGCAGCACAGGUGGGUUUCGUGUAGAGGGUCCGGUGACCCGAUCGCAAAGGAUGUCGCGCCGUAAGAACGCUCGUUCGCCCGUGACGCUGGGAUCGUUUGUCCCCUUGUCUCAACCGGUUGCGCCCCCGGCCGCGCGUGCCCAUCGCUCGUCUCGUGUUACCGCGUCGCGGUCGUAUCUGGCGGCCUUGUCCGGUUCCGAGGCGGAAGACGGGGACGAGGUCGCGGACCGGUCCGACGAGGCGAGCUCGUCGGCGGAAUCGGCCACGUCCUUUUCGGCGUCCGAGAGUGGGGCGGUGGUCGGUGCUCGGGUGUCGGCGGAAACGGCGGUCGCGGCGGCGGCGGCCAGGGUGGCGGCGGACCGCGUCACCGAGAAAGGUCCCGGGGCCGCGGCUCUGGAGAACCAAGCGGACGACUAUCUGUCGGCCCAGGGUACCCGUGACCCGGAUCUACCGGCUACGUUAAAGCUGGCCCGAGACAUUAGCGUCGGGGACGCAGAUUCAGGCCCGGAGUGGGCGAAGUCUGUGGCGUUGGCCCAGUCUUUGGAAGACGCAGAGCUCGCUCUUAAAGUGCAUUGCCUUGCGGUUGUUGACGGUCGUCCUCCCCCGAGUACGGUUGCGGAAGGCGCAGGGGGGUCAGCCGCGUCCUCGCCGGUGUCGACGAAGCCGUCACACCCUGUUCGGCAGGCUGCGGCCGGGGCCCGAGGAGCAAAGGUCGACACGCCCGCCGUGGGCGCGGUUGCGGUGCGCUCCCUGAAUGUUUUUGGGUGUCUUAUUACUGACUCUCGGCAAUCUUGCGAUCAGCUCUGUACGGCGAGACUGAGAGCAAAGCUUUAUGAGUGA